AUUUGUCUCCUCUGUCAAAGGCAAUGGGAGUAGUGGGGUUGUCUUCAAUCCUGAGAAACUGUCUUCCUCUGUCAGCAAUCAACCAGAUUAAGCAAACCCACACUCAAAUCCUCAUCAAUGGUUUGUAUCAAAACCUCACUCUCCAAACUGAUCUCAUAUUAGUCUACUCUAGGUGCAAUGACCACCUUAAUUAUGCUCAAUACAUAUUCGAUAGAAUGACUGACAAAAAUAUGCACUCCUGGAACAUAUUGAUCUCUUCUUAUGUUCAGAAUUCUCUUUAUCAUGAUUCUUUAAGGAUGUUUGAUGGGUUUUUGGAAACAGGUCUUCGACCUGAUCAUUUCACAUUUCCAUCUAUCUUUAAGGCUUGUGCAGGAACUGGAGAUUCUUGUAUCGGUAAGGUGAUGCAUUCUUGGGUUAUUAAACUUGGGUUUGAAGACCAUGUUGUUGUUAGGAGUUCGUUAAUUGAUUUCUAUGCUAAAUGUGAGAACUUGAUUGAUGCAAAUAGGCUGUUUGGGAAAAUGGUGGUUAGGGAUGUUGUUGUUUGGAAUUCGAUGAUUGGGGGUUUCGCCAGAGCUGGGUUCUCAAAAGAGGCACUAUUUUGUUUUAAAGGAAUGCAGGAGGAAGGAUUGAAAAUGGAUUCGAGGAUAAUACCAAGCAUUUUGACUGCCUGUGGGAAGGAAGGAGACUUGAUGAAAGGGAAAGAAAUUCAUGGGCAAGUAGUUAAGAGUCUACGUUUUAGUAGGGAUAUCGCAAUUGGGAAUGCUAUAAUUGAUAUGUAUGCCAAGUGCGGAUGCUUAAGCAAUUCACGGCUGGUUUUCAAGAACAUGAAUGACUUGAGUGUUGUAACUUGGACCACAUUGAUAUCUUCAUAUGGAGUUAAUGGGAAGGGAGAGGAGUCAUUAAUUCUUUUUGAGGAAAUGAUAGCUGCUGGAUUCAAACCCAAUUGUGUCACAUUCACAGCUAUCCUUUCUAGUUGUAGCCACUCUGGUCUUAUUGAUCAAGGUCGAAGGAUUUUCAAUUCAAUGAGUUCGGAUUUUGGAAUAAAACCUGGUAUGGAGCAUUAUGCUUGUAUGGUGGACCUCCUUGGCCGUUUUGGACAUCUCGAGGAGGCAUUAGAACUAGUAAAGAAUUUUCCGGGAGAAGCAGCUGCUAGUGUUUGGGGUGCUCUACUUGGUGCAUGUAGAAUUCACAAAAAUAUGGAGAUUGGAGAAAUUGCAGCUAAUCGACUUUUUGAAUUGGAAGCUCGUAAUUCUAGUAACUAUAUUGCGUUGUCUAAUAUAUAUGAGUCUGUUGGUAGGUGGGAUAAUGUUCGUAAAUUACGAUCAAGGAUGAAGGAGUUGGCUUUAGUCAAAACACCUGGUCUCAGUUGGAUUAAUAUCAAUGAUAGGGUUUUUAGAUUCUUUCAAGGUGACGUGUCUCUUCCACAGAUGAAAAUGGCAUAUGAGACAUUAGACACGAUGAGCAAGAUAAUGAUGUUGCCUCAAGGUUAUGAAUAAUCAGAUUACUUUUUAUAGAAGACAAAGUUUCAUUUUCGUGAAACGGAAAGUGAGAAAAUACCCAAGGAAAUUGCUUUCAGAAUACAUCUUGGAAGCUUCUCUUGUAAUUGUAUCUAUAUGAAGCUACAAUCUGAACCAAAAUGGCAGAAACAAUGAUACUUUAGUAGUGCGUCUUCAAGGGGCAAAGUGAAUGGUUCUGCAGUGAAGCCGUAAAAAUGGGUUAUCUGAAGAGGAACAAUAUGUCCUCACUGAUAAAUCUUGGAGUGUAUGACAUGAUAGUAGUAUCUCGUGACAUGAGAAGAUCAUCUCAUGCAAACUUGGUGAGAGCCUCCUCUCUGCUCUUAAGGAGAUUAGAUAGUACGGAGUUUCAAAAAGUUAAAAUUGUCUCGUGCCUUUGGUUGUUCUUCAUCUGGUGUGAUUGGAUUGGAUGUAAAGUUUCAAAUUACCAAUUUAUUUGGUUAGGAUGUCCGAUGACUCCAGAUCUCAUCUACUGCGAAGCUAUUCUGCUGAAGGAGACACAACCUGAUGGAGUUGCCAUACGUUGGAAGUUUUAUUGUAUACCUUGUGGAAGGAAAAAAGAACAAGAAAUCACACAACACAAAUGCUUCUUAGUCGAUGAAGCAUUAACCAUGCAAAUGUUUCAACCCGUAAAUCUUAUGGUUAAUUGCCGAGAAGUUAAUGAUUAGAAUUGGAAGAAG